AUGCUCAGAGGCAAAUCUCAGAAAGAACUUCUCCUGUUGGCCCGCACAAUUAUCCAGCCUUUGAAACCCUCGUACUAUAAGGGCCAAGCUGGCAAGGUGGCAGUUUUUGGUGGCUGCGAAGACUAUACGGGGGCACCGUUCUUCUCGUGUCAUUCGGCAGCUUUGGUUGGUGCUGAUUUGAGCCACAUUGUAUGCGAAAAGCUUGCUGCUCCCAUUAUCAAGAGCUACUCUCCAGACUUAAUGGUUCAUCCGUAUCUCUACGACAUUCUGAAUCCUGAGGUGGAAAGGUUUGCUCCAAGAGAAGUAUGGGAAAAGUUGCAGUCAAAGCUGCUUGAGGAUGCAUUACAGCUGAAGGAUUUGGACCUAAUCAUUGAGAAACACAUCUUGCCAAAAGUGAUGACGUUGGUUGAUCGAAUUGACAUGUUCAUUGUGGGUCCUGGUUUUGGUCGCGACCCAUUGAUGCUCAAAACACUCAUUCGAGUAGUAGAGGAGAUCAAGGUGGCCAAUAAACCGGUAAUUCUUGAUGCAGACUCGCUAUAUUUGCUCUCAGUGAAGCCUCUGAUCAUCCAAGGCUACAGCAAGGCCGUGAUCACUCCCAACGUGGUGGAGUUUGGUCGCAUCUGCAGUGCGUUAUCUAUCGACGAUUCUGAUACUAUUGAGACUGCCAAGUUGGUGUCUCAGAAAUUGGGAGGAGUCAUUGUAGUUAGAAAAGGCGAAAACGAAGUGAUUGCUCGGAACUCCAGCUUUCUAGUCAAUAAUAUGGCGGGCUCAGUUCGCCGAGUCGGAGGUCAAGGCGAUACUUUAACAGGAGCAAUGGCUACUUUAUUGCUCUGGGCACAGCACUAUGAGGCUGGCUUUUGGGGCGAACCCAAACAGAAGUUGAACGAGGACGAGCUGUCGAUCUUGGCUGUAUUUGCUGCGUGUUCGUUGGUGAGAUUGGCCAGCUUCAAGGCUUUUGAGAAAUAUAGGAGAGCCAUGCAGACGUCUAAUGUCCAUGAGUUUCUUGGAGAGGCAUACACUGAAUUAUUCGAUAGCGAAGCCAACGAAGGAUGGAAAUGA